CGCGCGGUCUGCGUUGUUGUGGUAACGGGGCCUAUGAAGACGCCGCCGGACUUGGGGCCGGGGAGAGGAUGUGACCGGGCCGGAGAGGGCGGCGGCGGCGGCAUGAUUCGCAGAUACAAUCGGAGGCCGGUGUGUAACACGCUGGAAAUAUGUGGUCUGUUGCAAUCUAGCACAGACAGCCAUCCACUGCCAGACAAGCAAGGAGAGUAUUCAGCUCCCUCUCCCAUCACCAGCAUUGAGGAUGCAGAUUCCAUCUCCAGUGGUGAGUCCAAGAUUUCUGAAGAUACCAACAGCCAUUUCUUGCUGGCUGAUAUCGGACGUCCUUGGUCUGCAAUGAACAGUUACACAGAAACCAGACUCUCCACAGCCUGCAGCUCCACCUUCUCCUGGGGUGACAAUGAGUUUGAGACUGCAGCCUCACAGCAGGUUCAACAAAUGUUCUUUGAGAUUGAUGAACUACUGUUUGAAGAGAAGAAAUGCUCACGUGUACAGAGGCUGGAGGAGGAAUGCCAGGAAUGGAAAUGCAGUUUCCCACAUUUUCGGGUUUUGGGGACACAGAUAGCAGCUCCUGUUAAUGAAGCCUAUGGUUGGUAUCCUGGCCGAGACGAGGGUAAAACUCCACAGCCAACUUCUAUUCCAGGUUCUGAUACGGCUGUGAAUGAACUUUGUCUCAUUGGUAAAAGUGCAACAUUCUCAGGACUUUCUCUGUGCAAAGGAAAUGACUUCAUGCAGAAGACUGCCAUGCUUCCCUGGGAGGAAGAAGAAGCAGAGCCAGAGGACAAUGUGAUCAUUGCAGAAGGCAUAGUGGAGGAAUAUCUGGCACUUCAUUACAGAGACUGGGAAGAUGACUGCUUUGAGACAAGGUUGGAUCUUUCCUUACAAUACGAAAAUAGAAGUGGUCUUCCUCCAAUCUCUCCAAGUCACUGCAGAAGGGAUACCAUUGUGACAGAGCUCUUUGAUGAGGUGUGGCUGGAGGUCGUGGGCUGUAUGGAGGAGCUGAUUCGUAAGCACUGGGAUAGGCAUGUUUCAGAUGAAGACAAGAAUAUUUCUUCAAUUGAAAAUACAGGAUUUGACCCUUUCAAUUUCCUUCUGCCUCCUGUACCACAGGUUCAGCAGACACAUAUUGGGAUGGUACAGACAAAGCCAAAUAGUUUGCAUAUCCAAGGUAUUCCAUUUAGUCAUCGAAAUCUUCCAGUGCCUGAGAAAGUUGAGGAUCCAGAUGAAAGGCCUGUUCUGUGGCCAUAUUCAAGCAACCACCCUGCAAACCGAUUUCCUUCAAACCAUCUGCUGGAGCAUAGUAUUUGCUCUCUGUCCCAACCACUCCAUUCAACACAGAGACUACAAGGGAGCGCGGGAACCAGAGCCCUGGUGAGUGAAAGUAAGCGCGGGAACUGGGGUCACAUCGAGUGGUCGGGGCUCAGGGGAACUGGUGCCCCAGCGAGCGCUCGGGAGACACAGGAACUGGAGCCCCAGCGAGUGGUCAGGGAGUGUGAGAACCAGUUACCCAAUGAGUCGGAAUGGAGCGCGGGGGCCGGGUGA